CGGAACUACAUAUAAAUAGGCGUCGUUGAGUUCUGAGCUUCACUAAAGAACAACAUGGAGAUGAAGAGGCUUUCUCUCGCGCUGGUGCUGGGCUUGGCUGUGGCUGUGGCUGGCCAAGCUUGCAACCCGCCGUUCACCAUGGUGGGGUCCAAAUGCCUCUACGUGGAGUCGGACCUUCGCCUGUCGUGGCCGGAGGCGAGGGACUUUUGCAAGGGCCUCGCGGGCGACGGAGGAGGGGCUGACAUGGCCUCCUUCCCUUCCUGCGAUAAUUUUGUAGCUUUCUCCAGAUACCUUGAAUUCAACGCUCCCAAUAUCAGCGGAAUGUGGGUGGGCGCGCACUCGGCCUUCACGCCCAACAUGUGGCAGUGGAUAAGCGGCGAGGACCUGCAGACGGGCGUGCCUUUCUGGUACUACAAUGAGGAUUACGAUGGAACACGGGACUGCGUCAGCAUCUCUUUGGACUAUUACAACCGGCUGGUAGACGCUCACUGCGAGCUUCCGUUAUCCUUUGUAUGCGAGAAGCAUCUUGCGAGAAAAGACGAAGCAGAACAGGCUGCAACGAAGCGCGCACGAGACAUGGAGUGCGAAAACCACGGCAUUCUGGUGGGUGAUUUCUGUUACGUGUUCAAUGACCGACUGGAAACCUGGGAGGAGGCGGAGAGGAACUGCCGAAGCCAGUACGAUGAAGUAGGAGGGGAACUGUACUACCCCAGCAGCUGCAAUGAGUUCACACACAUGGCGCAUCACCUGGAGGCCGCAGAGAAAGCGAACUCGUACUGGGUGGGCGGCGUGGACAUCUCGGGCAACGAGGAGUGGACGUGGGUCAACGGCGAGAACAUCCCGGGCGGGCCCCCGUACUGGGCCACGGGGGAGCCCAGCCACAGCCACGACAACCAGCCCCGCGAGCACUGCACCGUCAUGACCGCCGAGAAGCGAUACUACCUGCAGGACGUCCACUGCGGCGACAGACACCCCUACAUCUGCAAGCUGCGGUUCCUCUGAACCGGGGAGUUCAUGAUCCCACCUCGUGCUUGAAUAGAAAGGGGAAUAAAGAUAAACUAAAC